AUGAGCUCUUCAAAGCUCUCGAACCUGUCGUGGGCAGAGCUGCGUGACCGGGCUCGCCGCAUCGGCCGUCGUUGGAGCUCCGAGGAGCUGUCGACUGGGAAUGCCACCACCGCAGAAGAGCAACCGGACGUGGAAGAAGGAGCAGAAGAAAAGGCAGCAAGCGAUCUACCACCGCUGAAGGAGAUGGCACGCGACCCUAGCGUGCAGGCAAAGAGAGAGCUGCCGCCGAUGAUAGAAGAGGCGGCGAGGGGCGUCACCAAGGAGGAACCACUAACCGACUCAGAAUCGGUCGCGUUACCCUCCGCGAUCCAAGAGAGAGUGACCCCGGGAGCAUCCACAGCAUCCUCUGCGACUGCUGCUAUCGUUCAAGUCACGCCGCCCAUGGCUGCUGUAGAUGAGGUUGGCAUCGUCGCCACGAUUCCGACAUCGUUCGUGACACCAAAGCCACAAUCAACCUUGACGUCCAAGAAUCAUAUGGCUAACCAGGGCAUGUCGUGGCGAGAGAGAGCUCCUCUGGGGAAGUUCAGGAAGAAGCGAGAGUCCGACAAAGAGGAGCGCGAUACUGGCCAAACACAUCAGGAUGUGCGAGGGAGGUGGCUCCACGGCGGAAUCAAAAAACGAGACGGGGAAGAGGCACCUACAGGAGACUGGGGUGUGUCGCCGGAGAUGCGCUCGGCGAUUCCGCCGUCGUCCUCUACCCACCUGUUGGAGCUAUCAAGGUCAAUGAUUGAGGCGUCGAAUUUGAUUUUUCGUCGCCUGAAGCGCCGUUUGUCGUCGGGACUGAGAAUUGAGCCGCCUAAAAAGAGAAUCACGCGAGAGUCACCAUUCUCGGCGGUUUCUCUUACGGCGAGGUCUGGCUGGAGAACAGAGGGGAUGGACUCGCGUGAUGUUGAGGAGAAGGAAGAGGGCGCUCUCAAGGAGACACAGGAUGAUGCUGGGUUGGAGAUCAACGCGGAGGCAUCGACCCGAGAGGAGGCGAGUUCGAAGUCGGGCUGGGUUCCUAGCCGCCGGAUGGAGGAAUUGUCUCCGAAGAUUAAGGCAGGGCUGGUGUUGAUGAAGAAGAAAGGCGGCAGCCACUUCCCUUCCUUGAGUGAGCCGAAGGUCGAUGACGUGAUGGGGUCGGGGAGGCGCGACGCCGGAUCGAGGCGAUCUACCAGCAAGAUCUCGUCGACGGUGAAUAGGGCGAAGAGGGCGUGGUCGGAACACGGCGUGGGCCUUUGCCGCCGGGCGGUCUGCUUGUCACGAAGGUCGCGGGAAGGCCCAUCGCCGGAGAAGAAGACAAGCACGGCGGCGCUGGGAUCUCCACCCAUUCGCCUGGUGGUUAGGCCAUGGCAGGAGGAAGGGGUGGUGAGGAGGAGUGCCGGCGGCUAUCGAAGAGCCGGAGUCGGGCUUGGCCCUGGCCGACUGGAGAAGAGCUCACCGCCGGAGAUGGUGGCGCUGGAGAGAGAGACGGAGAAGGAAGGCGGCGGGAGCUUUCUUCUCGCAAACCCUAGAAGCAGUAGAGGAGCACAACAACAGCAACCAUUUCGAUUGGGCCGAGCGGAUGUGGAUGCAUCUUUGGAGGGGCCGAGAAUAAUGGGUCAUGGGGUGGAGAGAAAAAAAAUAAUAAACUUGGACUCAGGAAUGGGCUUUGAGAAGGGAUUUGAUGGGUUGGUUCUUGGUCAGAAAAGUCAGCAUAGCAGGCCUAGGAUUAAGCAAGGUUUGGGUUCCCAUGGGCCAAUUCUUGGGCCUUACAUGAGCAGUCUGACUUGGGCUCUUUUAUAUGGAGUUGGGUUGGAAUCAUUAGGCGAUGAGGACCAGAAGAUUGGGACGCAACUUAUACCUGCCUGGGCUGGGAAAGAAUUCAGCAAUAAGCCAAGCAAUGAAGGCUCGCAAGUGUGUCAAGGAGAAGAGGUGCAAUACCUUCAUGGAGGAUUCGAACCGGUAAUGGACCACCAUGAGCCACCUUCAUAUGAUGCUAGGGAAUUUGAAGAAUGGCCUAGCGGGUUAGCAAAGAAGUCCUUCGGGAAGGGGGACGAGCCGAGGGAAGCAGAAGGUGUGCCCUUGAAGGAGAGAUUGACAGCUCUUGAGCAGCCUGUGAGGGCCUCGCGAAAAGGACAGUGCGAGUACUCGUACCAGAUUGGAAGAAAAGAAAAAGACAAAGCGCGAAUUGCACGAGAAAAGCGUGGAAGUGGAUCAAGCUGA